CAGUCAGCGGACAUCGCGCGGAGAGUAUACUGAACAGCUUUCCCGGACCCCCUACGGAGACGGAGGAUAUAACAAGUAGAAAAGUGGCUUUUUUAAAUUUCUUGUGAUUCGGGAAACACGUUUUUGUCGGGUUUCGAUAUUCGAUGAUGGAUGAUCCGAGCGCUGGGAAUAUUCGGUUAAUGUGUUUAAAAUAAUGUAAAAACUCGUGUGAAGGAGCACGCUCCAAAAAUGUUUGCGAAAAUAAAACAGAGGUGCUAAACUCCUGUGAUACCGAAGGAAUCGUUCGCCCCCGAGGGCGUGAAACCUGAAACAAUUCGCACGCUAAUAUUGAUUGUGUGAAAAACGGACGAUUUUGAAUCCCGUACUACCCACCCGCAAUCCUGCUUCCGCACCAGGCAUUGAAUUUGUUUCAGUUCUGCCUCUCUGUGUGUUACCCCCACCCCGCCUCCUGCCAACAGUCUAACGCACGUCAACUCGCGGUAGAAUCCUUCAGCUGGCUGGUGUGAUAAAGGAACUGGCAGAAUUCGCGUGUCAAUCCGUCCGUGCGUUUUCAUCCUGCUACCACCGUACUCGUUCCGUUCGCUCAUCGGAGGAACUCGUUGAGAACGCGAGAGAGAGAUCGAACGUGGACACAUACGAUUGUGGGAGAGAAACAAUCGGGAGAGCUGGGUGGUGAGUUCCUUCUCAAAUGUUGGUAAGUUCCGCGUGCAGAUCUCACCAACUGAAACCAAUGCAUGAUUUGUACGGGGUGGUCGGGAAAUUCUGUGAUUUUCCUCGCGAAUCAGUACAGAAGGAUCACACAGUGAGCAUCCUCUCGCGGCUCAUAAGGAUUCGCCUGUUUUCGGCUGACUCUUCGCCGUUUGCUACUGCUCCCACCGCUGGUACUGGUGUGUGACUGUUAAGGGCGGUUCCGCAGACUGGUAACAUUGCUCUGCACCGUUGCAGAAGUGAUUUGCCUAUUUUUGCGGGUUAAAACUGUAGAAAACUAGCGUGGAAAAGUGCUUGUUCUAGGACGAAAGUGGCCAGUGAUUUCGAGUGUAUAUUAUUUCGAUUGGCGUGAUUGUUCCGGCUGUUCAAUUUCGGUAAAUGUUCAAAGCCUGAAGUAGGCCGCAAGGUGAGCAAAAGAAAACCUCAUCUACAGUGUGAGUUGUCCCCGGGGAGACAAACUUUCGUCGGCGUAUUUGGCUGAAUAUUAUAGACUCCCGUGUGAUCGAAGGGCUCAAUCGUGCGAAUAAGUUAAACCGUGUGUAUUCCUAGAAUUAGUUGGUCAUGAAUCAGUGCAAAGAUUGCAAACAUUUGCCUGUUCAAAAUUGCUGGCCCUUGACGCAGCCCCGAAAAUAUCGAUAAAAGAUUGUGUGUGGACCACAGAGACAGAAAGGGAGACAUUGUGAGAGCCAGAGUGGGACACCCUCCGCGAAAAUCGUUGGGGAGAGCGAAGCAGAAAUCGCUGAAGUGAAAGAGCGAUUGUGUGUGAGUGUAUGUCAAAUGUGUGCAAGUGAGAAGGAAUUGCUAAUGGAAAAGCUGAUGAUACUUUGAGCCCAGGCUGCGGCGAAUCGGCACCUCACCGGAGGACAUCAGGGUCAGGGGAAGACAAGUGUGCAAAUUCGAUUUUUUGUCUCACUCUUCGGAACACUUCCCUUCACCCUAACUUUUCGGGUUUGUUUUCAUCCCAGUGGCCCACUGGAGCGCCAGCAGGCCAGCAGUGCUAGGUAAAAUACAUCCCAUUACCACCCACUCGCUCGCACGUUCUCGCUCAGUGUACCGUUCACUCAUCGCUCUGCCUGGAUGUGUGUGACUAAGUGUUUAUGCGAAAAACAGAGUGUGGUGCUCGGACGGCGAAAAAAGCAGAACUAGGAGAAAGCAAACAAUGUGGAAAAGCGUGAAAAACUGCUGAAAAUUACACAACUAUAAAUUGUGCUCGGGCUGCAACAAAUACGACCGGAGAAGAAAAGGAUCCUUUUAUCCUCUCGAAAAACAAAAUCCUUAGUCGACAGAUAAAUAUACCACUGAGUGUGUAAGUGUGUUUGGAACUGAAAGGGACGGGAAAAGUAGUGCCAGGACUCCUGCAGCUGGAAGAUUUUGCAGCACGAAUCUUGUAAAUCCGAUAGAACAAAGUGAAUUUUUUCCGCUCCUGACGAAACAAGGAAAAACAAUAGUUCCAACAGAAAAAAGCUAGUGUCCUUUUUGGAAAAAAUAGGAAGUUACGGUUUGUGAAAUAUAGUGAGUGAUUCCUAGUAAAAGAAAAAAAAACCUUGAGUGCGGAUAGAUUAUUGUUCGGUGAACUUCAAAGAACUGUCGCUGUAAGGCUAAUUCGAGUGCUGUGUGCGUGUGAAAUCGGGUGCCACAUUAGCAAGCAAACGAACGGAAGGAAAAAUACCGGAGGUCCCAAUCACAAAUACACAGGUCGUGCGUUUCUAAGAAAAUAAAAGAAGAAAUUAAACGUUUGGGAGGUUCGCUGUGUUUGAAUUGUUGGCGUACGAGAUUUGCUCAGCUGAAGUUCGCGGAAUUAAGCUUUCUGCAUCAUACUGAACAGCUUUAAGGCGGCAGCUGGCUUGAAGCAAGGUCCUGCUCAGGGACCGCACCGACACGCCGGAAGUGUGAAGACAAAAACUUUUGCCAGUGAACGAUUAGUGGUAAAUAUCAAAACAUAGGAAAAAUAAACCAUUCGAAUAGUUGAUUCCCGUAGUGUUUUAUCGCAAAGUGACAGUGUUCUUAGACAUAGCGCAAGUGAAAAACCAACAACCAAAUGCAGCAAAUUCCUCGGUGUGUGAAAGUGCAUAAGCUAUAGCAACUAGACAAAAAUAUCGUCACUAUCGAAAAUAUGUGCGCUAGCUAGCUCGGAUUCCUGCAGCAUCCGCAAAGUGUUCAUUUUUUUCUUUCGUUGCCGUUUCGUGUGUUGUUGCUAGUGAAAAGUGGUGCUGAUAGCGGCAUCUACCGGAAUUGCAACCGCCACCAAUAUCGUCAUCGUUCGGCUCGAGUGCAGUGGAGUGGAGUGGAGUGGGGAGUGCUGCGCAGCAUCUAGUAGCAAUCAUCCGUAGUUUUCGUUGGCAGCAGCAGCGGAACUAAUCAAUCCUGCCGGUGGAUACUCGAAAUGGCUGGAUUGUCCAUUAAGCUGGCCGUCUCCAUGCUAUGGCGGCAUACGGUGACCCUUCGAUGAUCUCUCCUCCGUCUUCCAUUUCGAACGGCCCAGAGCCUCAGUUACCGCCGUUACCGCCACCGUUACGUUCGACGCAAGUGCUACAACCGCUGUCAGUGUUCCCAGUAUCAACCUUGAGACACGAAGCCACGUAUGAUUAUGUCUUUGGAGGGCCACUGGACUCGCAGGCCCUGUCAUCAACGCUUAAGCUGACCUCACCUCCAAUACGACUGCGCCCAGACGUGUACCGUUCCCAAUCGAUCGAUUCGCAGCGCAGCAGUGGCGUAGACGAUGGGCGUUCCUCGUCCGCACAGCACUCACAGCAUCAUCGGUCGUCCCGUGCUAGUUCACUUAAGCGAUCAAGAUACGUAGGAAACGACGGAACCGCUUCCCUUGGCUCCCGCAAGAGCGAUCGAAGCAAUGGGGAGGAUGAGGAUUCAUUGCGUCAGAUGCUUAUCGAGUUGCAGAAGCAGGUCAGCGUGAUGAGCAUGAAUCUGUCGGCGAAGUUAGACGAUCUGCAGCGGGGUGACCGGCAUCUCGAGACCACGGUCGCCCUCUGCGAGAUUCGGACGCAACUGCAGGAGCUCACCAAGUCGGUGGAGAGCUGUCAGACCGAGGUCUCGGAGGUGAAACGUGAUAUGGUACAAAUCAAGCAUGAACUGGAUACCGUGCAACAGGUCAAGGAGGAGAUCGAAGAACUGCGGGAGUACGUGGAUCGGCUGGAGGAGCAUACACACCGGCGGAAGCUACGCCUAUUGGAGCAAGGUCUCACGUUCUUCCUGACGUACGCGAUCUUCGCGGCGGUCCUCGGGAUGUUACAGUUCGGUUACAAUACCGGCGUCAUCAACGCGCCCGAAGUCAACAUUGAAAACUUCAUGAAGGACGUGUACAAGGACCGGUACGGAGAGGACAUCAGCGAGGAGUUCAUCCAGCAGCUGUACUCGGUGGCAGUGUCAAUAUUCGCCAUCGGCGGUAUGCUGGGAGGAUUCAGCGGUGGAUGGAUGGCCAACCGAUUCGGAAGGAAAGGUGGCCUGCUGCUAAACAACGUGCUCGGUAUCUCGGGUGCUUGCCUGAUGGGAUUCACAAAGAUGAGUCAUUCCUAUGAAAUUCUAUUCCUCGGACGAUUUAUAAUUGGUGUCAAUUGUGGCUUAAACACAUCAUUAGUACCAAUGUAUAUAUCUGAAAUUGCUCCAUUAAAUUUAAGAGGUGGUUUAGGUACCGUUAACCAAUUGGCUGUGACCGUAGGAUUAUUAUUAUCACAAGUACUGGGUAUAGAACAAAUUUUAGGAACUAAUGAUGGCUGGCCCGUGCUGUUAGGGCUUGCCAUCUGUCCAGCUGUAUUACAAUUACUACUCUUGCCUAUCUGUCCCGAGUCACCUAGAUAUUUACUAAUUACGAAACAGUGGGAGGAGGAAGCCCGAAAAGCUCUCCGGCGGCUGAGGGCGUCCAAUCAGGUAGAGGAAGACAUCGAAGAAAUGCGUGCCGAGGAGCGAGCGCAGCAGUCGGAAAGCAGCAUAUCUACGCUCGAACUGAUAUGCUCGCCGACGCUGCGGGCGCCACUCAUCAUCGGAAUUGUGAUGCAGCUGAGUCAGCAGUUUAGUGGAAUUAAUGCCGUAUUCUACUACUCAACGUCGCUCUUCAUGAGCUCAGGUCUAACGGAGGAAAGUGCUAAAUUUGCCACAAUAGGAAUCGGUGCAAUAAUGGUUGUGAUGACACUCGUAUCAAUACCACUAAUGGAUAGAACCGGUCGACGAACACUGCAUUUAUACGGAUUAGGUGGAAUGUUUAUAUUUUCAAUAUUCAUAACGAUAUCAUUUUUAAUAAAGGAGUUUUUUGGUUACGUGCAGGAAAUGAUCGACUGGAUGUCCUACCUGUCGGUGGUGUCAACGCUGGGGUUCGUGGUGUUCUUCGCCGUCGGACCGGGUUCGAUCCCGUGGAUGAUCACUGCCGAGCUGUUCAGCCAGGGACCGCGGCCAAGCGCGAUGGCCAUCGCGGUGCUGGUCAACUGGAUGGCGAACUUCGUCGUUGGAAUUGGUUUCCCAAGUUUAAAGACUGCCUUGGAAAAUUAUACAUUCCUACCGUUUAGUGUAUUUUUAGCAAUAUUUUGGAUAUUUACAUAUAAAAAGGUUCCUGAGACCAAAAACAAAACAUUCGAAGAAAUUUUAGCACUAUUUAGGCACGGGAAUGGAAGACACAUUCGUGAUAGUAGACUGUACGGGAGUAUGCUAAACUGCGUAAAUAACCUGGAGCCGCAGAGUAUGAACUCGGGUAUCGAACGUGCCGCGCUGAUGAUCUCCGAGGAAAAGACCCAGCACGAUUCACUGUUCGGAACGGGUACCCUGGACGGUGAGAUGGGUCCCUACCCGGUAGGGGACGGCGAGAUGGGUCCCUAUCCGGUAGGAGCGAACUACACGCUCGCCUUCGGUACGGCGGCACUGACGGGCUACGGAAGCGAAAGCUUGACAAUCACCGGAGUCGGUGGCAGCAGCCGGCUCAACUAUGGAACGACGGGACCAACCGUUAGUACAACUUGCUCACCGAUGCCAAAUAGACGUACGCGUGAUGUAGCGGGACGAGCCGGCCGAGGAGGCGGAACCGGAGGCGGCGAUAGUGGUUGUUCCGGCGGCAGCAACGGCAUUGCCGCCCGGGACAGUUUCCGGCGACAUUCGGCCCACGGGCGGAUAGUGUGCUCAGCUGCUUCCGAACGUUGUGCCGAAAACGCAAGAAACACUCAAAUGCGAACUCCUACCUGUGCGCCCCAUCACCAUCAUCAGCAAGUACCUGUCUGCCAGAACACAGGGCCUUGACUGAAAAGCACCGCCUCGACUCCUCCUAACUCAAUUGCCAACUCGCGGUACGUCAGCAUCGA